AUGAAGCCAGAAUGGUGGCCCGGAGAAGAGCAUGAGGCCUUCACCGAAUGGGCAACCUCCAAUGGCAUAGACACCAACUCAGUGACCCCAGCCCGGUUCCAAGGACGUGGAUUGGGAAUGAUGGCCACCCGGAACAUCAAAAAAGGAGAAGUUGUCCUCAGAGUGCCAACACAAUUGAUGCUCAGGGUCGAAGAUAUCCCUUCCGCCUUUAUCGACAAACUCCCAGAAGACAUUGCUGUACACGCACUUCUGGCGGCAUAUCUCACGCACGGUACACCAGAUGAACUGUCAAAAUACGAGGUAUGGCGCAAGUCAUGGCCCAGCCGAAAAGACUUCGAAGACAGCAUGCCGAUUCUGUGGCCAACCGCCCUGGGAGGACCGCAGUUGCCCAGCAGCAAAGAUGAUUUGACUGACUCGGAGCAACCAAGUCUUCUCCCCACGUCAAUCUCAGGGCUCUGGAAUAGUCUACAGCCCGGCCCAAAGACGAGGAAAUACAGCGCAGAUUACCAGAACAUUCUUUCGCAGCAGGUCCAGCGCUUGCACAAAGCAUGGACGGACGUCAUUUCUGCAUUCCCAGAGACCAAGUGGGAGACAUUCUCAUACCACUGGCUGAUUGUGAAUACGAGAAGCUUCUAUUGGAUUGGCGAGGGACAGGAAACGCCGGAAGACCCUAAUGAUGCGAUGGGGCUGGUGCCUUUUGCUGAUUACUUCAAUCAUGCGGAUGUUGCUCGGAAUGUCAAAUUUGACGAGAUUACAUAUGAAUUUCGCGCUACGAAAGAUUAUGAGGAGGGCGAGGAAGUGUUCAUGAACUAUGGCAGUCAUCCGAAUGAUACUUUACUAGCAGAAUAUGGCUUCUUCCUUGAUGUGAAUGAAGCAGACUCGGUCUAUCUUGAUGAUAUCAUUUUUCGGGAUAUUCAUUCCGCGGGGCAGCAAGAGGAGUUGUGGUUGAAUCAGUAUUAUGGUAACUACCAAGUCACUCCCCAUGGACCCUGUUACCGCACAGAGGUCGCUGCAUGCUUGAGUUAUAUGGAGGAGGAGGAUUGGCGGAACCAUGUUCUUGAAGGCCAAUCACAGGGCUUGGACGAGAGUCGAUCUGAGGCCAUCAUCAAGAGGUGGAUUCUGACAUAUGCCGCAGAGGCAGAUGCAACUAUAACGGCGCUGCAGAAGGCCAUGGAACUCAACACCACAGUUCAAGCACAUCGUUCAAAAGCAGAGAUGCUGCUGAGACGGUGGAGGCAGAUCAAGGAUCUCUGCGAUCGUGCGGCCAAAACUGUCUCUGUAUAG